UCCUUCUCGCAAUGGAGCUCACCAUGGAGAAUCUUCACAGCAUCUCCUCGCACUCCCAGGUGGGUGACCUCAUGAGCUCGCGGCCGUCGCCUUCCCCCAGCUCCACUCCACGGAAUCUGGUGUCCCACACUCCUGCCGCGCGGUCAGCCAUGGUCUCCGGUAUGACCUCUAUCCUGGAGGGCUCCAGCGGGGACUACCGAACUGAUCCGUCAGCGCACCUGCACCCGUCCAUCAGCAUGUGCGAGACCGGAAUGAGCCUUAGCAACACAUACACCACACUGGCCCCGUUGCAGCAUCUACCUCCGAUAUCCACCGUGUCGGAUAAGUUCCACCAUCCGCAUUCGCACCACCACGCCGCCGCCCACCAACGACUCUCCUCCGGGAACGUCAGUGGCAGCUUCACGCUGAUGCGGGACGAUCACCGUGGGCUCGCCCCCAUGGGCAAUCUUUACAAUCACUACCCCAAAGAGAUGUCCGGCAUGGCACACGGCUCGCUCUCCCCGCUGCCGAGCGGCCUGGGCUCUUUGCACAACCCCCAGCAGCCGCUCUCGUCGUACGGUCCGAGCGCACACCUAUCAGCCGAAGCCAAGAUGCUUUCCCCUGUGUCAGGGUUUGAGUCUCACGCCUCCAUGCUGUCUCGAAGUGAACAAGAGCACCUGGCGAGGAGUUUAGGCGGCCACGGCCACAGCAUGAUAACCAACCUGAACGGCAUGCACCACCACCCACACAGCCACCUUCACUCUCAGCCCGGCGGCGCGGUGAUGCUUGGGGACCGUGAGAGGCACGGCCACGGCAGCGGCCAGGGGGUUGCAGGCUCGGGGAUACAGGCGGAGGAAAUCAACACAAAGGAGGUGGCGCAGAGGAUAACGGCCGAAUUGAAGAGAUAUUCCAUCCCACAGGCCAUAUUCGCCCAGAGGAUCUUGAGCCGGUCGCAAGGGACUCUCUCAGACCUGCUCCGAAACCCCAAACCCUGGAGUAAGCUUAAAUCCGGUCGGGAGACCUUUAGGAGGAUGUGGAAGUGGCUGCAGGAGCCAGAGUUCCAGAGGAUGUCUGCCCUGAGGUUGGCCGCAUGUAAACGUAAGGAGGAGGACCGAGGACGGGAGCGCAACCAGGUGCCAAAGAAGCAGCGACUGGUCUUCACAGACCUGCAGCGUCGUACCUUGGUAGCCAUCUUCAGAGAGAACCGCAGGCCCUCCAAGGAGAUGCAGCUCACCAUCUCCCAUCAGCUGGGUCUGGAGCUCUCCACUGUCUCCAACUUCUUCAUGAACUCACGUCGUCGCUGUCCGGACCGCUGGGAUGUGGAGGAGCACGGUCACGGGGUACAUGGCCACGAGCACACUUCUCACAGACAUGGCAAUGCCAACUCCUCGCCCCUCCACCCUGGUACCUCCUCGGUCGCCACUUUCUCCAAGGCCUGAGAGAGAGAUGACAGGUUGAAAACACCCAUGGAGGAUGGAGGGGGUUGUAUAUCACAAAAGAAGUGAGCUACACGGUGUGUAGUUGUUUGCUUCAGAUCUUAUUCAUCUGCUCAAAGUGCUUGUGGCAUAUGCAGAUGAAUCAGAUUAUUUCUUUCAAUCUGAAUGUUAAUACAGUAUCAGGGGUCAACUGUUCAUACCAAAGAUACCGUAGCUUGAAGCAAAUUGCUGUCAGUGUGGCUCACACUAAACCACAUUGUGGGUCUCUGUUGGAUGAGGAUAAUAAUCAAAGCCAAGGCCUUGAGGAGGACGGAGUUAUUUUCAUUUAGGUUUGGUGCUGGUUUGCUUGUUUUCAGGGUGUAAAAAACCCAAAUUGCCACAAGAUGUUUUCCACAAUCAGACAGCAGAUGUGCCUGCUGGGCCACAAUCCACCACAACACUUCAUUUUACUCACACAAUGAACAGUGUGAGUCAAGUGGUCCCUUGACCUGCUAACCACAUGCCUCCUCAAUACCUUCACCAUUGCAUGUGUGUGUAUCGUGUGUGCAUGUGUGCAACACUUCACAUACUAGCUGAAUGUAAUCCCUCCAUGCAGUGAGUUGGCCGGCAAUAACACUGCCACCUGCUGUCUAUUUAAACCACAUCUUCUCGCAUGUUUGCGUCGGGUGAGGUCAGAGGUCCUAUGUUGUGCGAGCGCUGCACAGAAACACAGUAAACACAAACCAAAGCGCUAACUUAGCAUUAUGCAUGAGUGUUGCUCCUCUAAUACCAAACACACAGAAACAAACUACCGUAUCUACUCAAAUAGUGGCUGCUGAUAUGUUUAUGAGGCAUUUAUCAAGGGGGGAGGAGAUACAUUUGCGUUUAACAAUAAAAUAAUAAUAUACUGAAUGUUUAAUCUUUUUUUUUUUACACACAACUAAAUAAUGCCAAUUAAUCAAAAAUAAUAUAUAUUAAUGGAUGUUCAACAAAAAGCAUGUAUCUCCAUUUGUUAAAAAUCCAAAAAAAUUACAUUUAAUGGAUUAGCUUCAGUUAAAUUUUAAAGAGAUUGUAUUUAAAAUUUUACAUAAAAUUAAUUUUAAUAGAAAACAUUUGGAGAUACAUGCUUUUUGUCGCACAAUGUGGAUAUUUGAACAAAUACAAUAAAAACGUAUUCCAUUUUGUGUCACGACUUCCAUCAGUCACUAGAGGGUCUAUCUUGGCCUUUUUAUUGAUCAGUUCUCUGGACUAAGAACUCCAGGUCAAUGUUGAAAUGUGAGGGCUUUACAGUGGCACUCUUUAAAAUCUGCCGUAAACGCCAGCUUUACAGAUGCCAUGUCUGCUGUGCAGACACUGUAUGUAUUGUGGUCAUGAUGUCUACCACAACACAAGGUGGUAUCGGAUGUCAUAGUGAUAAUUACAGCUUCCUAGGUGUGCCACCUGUUUUUUGUUUCUUGGGGGUGAGGCAGGAAAGAGGAGUCUAUUUGAGUUUAGCAUCUGUUAGAGCAGAGGCCACUACUUGAGGAAAUAUGGUAAUUACUCCAGCCCCUUUGAUACACAUUUGAAUGUCCAUCUCUUAUAGGGCGCUUAUAGGCUCUAUUGCUACAUGGUUGUUGCCACCUAAGAGGUUAUUUUCAGGUUACGUAAAAAGAACAAUCAAAAAGGGACUCCAUGUGUCAUCACCUGCGUGAGGAGCGAGCUCUGCUCUGUUCUAGUGGCCAAACACAGAGGUCAAAUGUCACAAUAUAGGAUCCUGAGUGCCAAUGAUGUUUGCCUCUUUAUGAUAAUCAGUGAACAGAUGCAGCUCGCUCGUUGCCAUGUGUCUGGCCUGGAUCAUCACAACCUUCACACCGCAAGCACUAACGGGCAUGUCGCCUGUUCCAUACCUCAGACAAAAUGAAAAAAUGUUUUCAUGUGAUCGACACAUUAUAUAAAUGUAAAUAACCUUUAAUUUCAAUGCUCUUUCUCUGUGUCUUAUCUAUUCUAUCUACUUGUGACAGUCCCUGUGGUUGUCUUUCUUUAUCCUUUCCCUCCCUAAUAUUGAUGCGGGUAAAUCUAGUACCAUAGACACAUGGUUUCCUCUUUUCAUGACUAUUGUGCUAUGUUGUGCUUGAAUCUUAAUGUAAAGAAGCACCUUGUUGACAAAAUAGAAAAAAAAGAGAAAAAGUUCAAGAUGAAAAAGAAUCAACAUGUCAUUGACUGAUCCUAUGCACAGACAAGGAAUGGAUACCACAAGUGACUGUGCAUUUUUGUGAAUACAAUGUAGAUGGACUUUGGGGGACUCUUCCUUGAUCUCUGGACUUUUGACACCCAUGAACUGGACUGUCAUU